GCCGCCCCGCCCGCGGCGCCCCGCGCCCCGCCGCCAGCGCACCCCCGGACGCUAUGGCCCACCCGUCCGGCUGGCCCCGCGUGUAGGAUGGUAGCACACAACCAGGUGGCAGCCGACAAUGCAAUCUCCACGGCAGCAGAGUCCCGACGGCGGCCAGAGCCUUCCCCGACCUCGUCCUCGUCCUCGUCCCCGUCCUCGUCCUCGUCCUCGUCCCCGUCCUCGGCGGCCCCCGCGCGCGCGCGGCCCUGCGCGCCCCCCGCGGCCCCGACCCCGGCCCCGGCCCCGGCCGCGGCCCCCGGAGACACGCACUUCCGCACGUUCCGCUCGCAAGCCGAGUACCGGCGCAUCACCCGCGCCAGCGCGCUCCUGGAAGCCUGCGGCUUCUACUGGGGGCCCCUGAACGUGCACGGGGCGCACGAGCGGCUGCGCGCCGAGCCCGUGGGCACCUUCCUGGUGCGCGACAGCCGCCAGCGGAACUGCUUCUUCGCGCUCAGCGUGAAGAUGGCCUCGGGCCCCACGAGCAUCCGCGUGCACUUCCAGGCCGGCCGCUUCCACCUGGACGGCAGCCGCGAGAGCUUCGACUGCCUCUUCGAGCUGCUGGAGCACUACGUGGCGGCGCCGCGCCGGAUGCUCGGGGCCCCGCUGCGCCAGCGCCGCGUGCGGCCGCUGCAGGAGCUGUGUCGCCAGCGCAUCGUGGCCACCGUGGGCCGCGAGAACCUGGCGCGCAUCCCCCUCAACCCCGUCCUCCGGGACUACUUGAGCUCCUUCCCCUUCCAGAUCUGACCGGCCGCGCACGCAGCAUUAACUCGGGGGCCUUGUUAGGUUUUCGUUUUAUUAAUUACGAAUUGCCCUGGAACCACGUGGGUGCCCUCCCCACCUGGGUCGGAGGGAGCGGGCGUGGAGGGGGUGGGGGCGAGGCGCCUCCCAGUCCCCCCCCACCUGCUGGAGACGAGGCCGCAGACCCCUCCCCUCUGUUGGGGGAGGGUGCCCCCCCCUCCUGGUGCUCCCUCUGGGUCCCCCUGGUUGUUGUAGCAGCUUAACCUAACUGUAUCUGGGGCCAGGGCCUGAAUUUGUACCUCCUACCUCUUCAUGUUUACAUAUACCCAGUAUAUUUGCACAAACCAGGGGUUGGGGGAGGGUCUCUGGCUUUAUUUUUCUGCCGUGCAGAAUCCUAUUUUAUAUUUUUUACAGCCAGUUUAGGUAAUAAACUUUGUUAUGAAAGUUUUUUUUUUUUUAAGAAAAAAAAAAAGGUUUCUAGAGCGUGUGCUUUUGCUGAAG